UAAAAAUUUUACCAAACUAAUCCUAACUCUCCCUUCUCUUUCAAAAAAAUCAACACAACACCGCUGUCUUCUCUUCCAGGUCCUACCAGUUCGGCACCACCGCCACGGCCUUCAUCUCCUGUCACCACCUCAGCCGUCGGCACAAGCUUCUUGCCGCCGCCGAUUAUCGUUUGUCUUCCAGUCUUCUUCUCGCCGCAGACUCCAUUUCCUUUCUCCGCCAACGCAGGCUUAUGUUCAGAACUAACAACGAAGUCGGAAUAGAUAGUCAAAGAUAGGUAGACAGAUACAUAUUGUAUUGUAUUGGAGAGAUGUCGCGAACGCUGGUGCAGCCUAUAGGGCAGAAGAGGCUAACCAACGUGGCCGUCGUGCGACUCAAGAAGCACGGCAUGCGCUUUGAGAUUGCCUGCUACCCUAAUACCGUCCUCGCUCGGCGUUCCGGCGUGGAGAAGGACCUGGACGAAGUGUUGCAGUCACAUACUGUUUAUUCCAAUGUUUCCAAAGGAGUUCUUGCCAAGUCAAAGGAUUUGAUUGCUGCUUUUGGGACUGAUGAUCAGACCAAGAUAUGCUUAGAGGUUUUGAAGAAAGGGGAACUUCAGGUUGCCGGGAAAGAAAGGGAAUCCUUGCUGUCGAGUCAGUUCAGAGAUAUUGCCACCAUUGUGAUGCAAAAGACAUACAAUCCUGAGACGCAGCGCCCUUACACUAUUAGCAUGAUUGAGCGUCUCAUGAGGGAUAUUCAUUUUGCUGUUGAUCCAAAUAGUAGUUCCAAGAAGCAGGCUUUGGAGUUGAUUCAGGAGCUUCAAAAGCACUACCCUAUAAAACGAUGUCCAUUAAGAAUCCGAGUUGCUGCUCAUGAGGAGGAAGUGCCUGCCCUUUUAGAGAAGCUGAAUGAGUGGAAGUCUACCAUUAUUUCUAAAGAAGGAUCUUCUGGUCAGCUAUCUGUUAUCUUUGAAUUAGAACCUGGUCUAUAUAAGGAUUGUCAUGACUUCGUUGUGAACGUGCAUGGAAGAUUUGAGGUUCUUACACACUCUCUUUAUGUGGAUGGGGAUACCCAAGUAGAACAAUACAACGAUGAUUAUGAGGAAAUGCCUCCACCGUUGGCCAAAGAAACUCGCGAACAUGUGCUUGAAUUGAAUGAUAAACUUCAAAAGCAAACAAUUUCAUCUACGAGUAGGCCGCCUCCUGAGAUGCAACAACAAAAGGCAAACAAGUGCAGCACAUGCAAUGUUUCUUUUGAGGACUCUAAGCAGUACCGAGAACACCACAAGAGUGAGUGGCACAAGCACAAUAUGAAGCGCAAGACAAGGCAACUCCCACCCCUUACUGAGGAAGAGUGCUUGGCAGACAUGGAACUGGGUGACUCAAAAUCUGAUUUGAAGGAUUAUUCAUUUUGAGUUGAUAAUCAGCGAAUUGUAGAUGUUACUGGAUAAUCAUCUAAUUCGAGUCUAGUGUGUAUACUUAGUUCAAUUUUGUCUUGGAUAGUCUGGGUUAUAUAGUAAAAUGCUUACCCUAUGCUUACAUGGGAAUGCUUGAAAUAAAAGUACUCCAAACUCCAAAGUAGUCUGUCUUUUCAAGGAUUAAUGCUUCCCGAUUUUCUCUUAACAUGAUGUGUAGAUUUCUUUUUGGUGAGGGUAAAAUUAAAAA